UUCGUUGGUGUCUGCUGCCGCUCCGAGGUCUCGAACCCGCGGACCGCGGGUCACAACUGGGCAGGGCCGGCAAGGGGCGGGGCCUGGAGGCGUGCCCUGCCCUGAUUGGUCCUUGGUGUGCGAAAGAGGCGCUGCGCGGGAGAUCCGCACGUGGUGGCGCGCCGCGGAGUCCUCUCUUCCUGGACACUUCAGGGAUCUGGUGGCAGGACCAGCUGUCCCUGGCAGCAAUGGAGGCAUCCUUGGAUGUGGCAGAGAUGGCAGCUCUGCAGAAGGCUGCAGAUGACAACUCAGACUCAAGUCACCUGGAGAGGGGCAGCACGGAGGAGCUGGCUCUGCAGAACCCAGAACUGGAGGCCAUCAAAGCCAGAGUGCGGGAGAUGGAGAAAGAGGCUGAGUGGAUGAGGGAGCUUCAGAUGGAAGCUGAGAGCAGCUUUACCGGGGACUUGGAGGCAGGUUUCUUCUCAAGGAGUAUCAUUGACAAGACAGAGGUUGACCAACGAUCCAUCUAUGUGGGCAACGUGGAUUAUGGGGCCACAGCAGAAGAGCUCGAGGCUUAUUUCUGCAGCUGCGGGGAGAUCAAUAGAGUGACCAUCCUCUGUGACAAGUUCUCAGGGCAUCCCAAAGGGUAUGCCUACAUUGAGUUUGAGGAGAAGAGCUCUGUGAAUGCUGCAAUGGAGCUAGAUGAGAGCUUGUUCAGAGACCGUGUCAUUAGGGUGCUGCCCAAGAGGACCAACAUGCCAGGCAUCAGCACCACUGACCGUGGGGGCUACCAGGGCCACUUCCAAGCCUGGGGAGGGCUGGCCCAGUGGGGAGGCUACUACGAAGAGCAGUACUCGAGGGCGCAAGGGAGGACAUACAUGGGUCGGGCGAAGCUGCUGCCUUGGUACACACUAGAGAGGAUCGGACUGCCCUGGUGA